AGAGCUGGGUAGGUGAGUUAACUAUCAGAUCAGGAAGUGGGAUGCCAUGACAGGCAGUGAGAGGAGGAAACAGGUACAAAAUGUCUCUAAGUCUGCUCCAGCCCUUGGAAACAUGAGGAGAGACUGGUGGGGAAGGACCCCGCUGCUGGUGUUGGCGCUCAUCGCCUGUCUGGCUGGCAAUGCACUGUGUCAGACUGAUGAGGAAGAAUCACCUGAUGAAGUGACAACAGAAACACCUGAAGAACCAGAUGAUGAUGAUGUGGUCCCGACAGGUAAUGAGAUGACCACACCAAGCACUCUCUCAUCACAGACUACUUUAGUUGAAGGGCAUGGUUCUGGAGACUACAUAACAGACAAUAGUAAAAGUAUGUUAAAAAAAGGCCAAAGACAUGAAGUCAUGCUAGGGGACGAAACCCCCAGCUCUUCAUCGGAUGAAGAAGGUCUAAAUCCCAUCAUUAUUUUGGUUCCAGUCAUCUUGGUGGUCGUGAUCAUCAUUUUUAUUGUGGCUGGUAUAAUGAUUCAUCGCAGAUUGAAUGGGAAAAUUAGCGAUUCUGAAAAUGGGAAACAAGAUCCUUAUUUGGAUGAUCACAGUUCUGAGAAAGUUCCAAUGCCCAUGUUUGAGGAUGAUGUGCCCUCUGUUCUGGAGUUAGAGAUGGAAGAUCUUGAGCAAUGGAUGAAUAAAGAUGGUGGUGCUGGAGUGGACUCUGGGCCAGCGUAAUCAUAUUUAUGGGGAUUAGAGUCACGGACACUCAACUCUCUCUCACCCUGCACGCCCCUACUGCCUGAGACUAAGGACAUGGUCCGAGCAGGCCACAGGAAAGGACCCUGUGUCCCUCAAUGCUGUGUGUAGUUGCUUGUUAUCAGCUCUAUGAACGUUCAAGGCGUGUUAUGUUACAGCUAUGUUACUACACACCCACAAUUCCCAGGAAACAACUCCACUGAGACUAAUGGGACACUAAUGGGAGGACUAUUCUUAAAUUCCAAAUGUGAAAUCUCGGGUAACUCAACUUGUACAAAUGAAAGAUUAUGAGAAUAAGAUUAUUGGAACAUAAAAUCAGUACCAUUCGCCCCUACUUAUAGCAUGUGGCAAUAGAGAUUUCACCAGUUGAAUUCUGGUUGCUUCUCCCUUGUAAUAUUGUAUUAUGUCAUUCUUGAGCCUGCAUUGUUCAUUGUUUCAUACCCUCUAGUUUGUGAUCAUGCUGAUUGCCUUUUAUUUUCAUUUGUCAUACUGUAAUUUAUGGUGCUUUGAAUGUAAAUUGGUUUCAGGAAAUUGUCAAGAAAAACACAUAAAUAAAAUAGCUUCCUGCCACUACUUUUUUUACAUCGAAAAAACUAUUACUAUCAUAAUUACAUCUCAAGAGAUAGCAGAUGCUCUGUUUGCAUUCUCUCCCUUGCACAGAUAAGCAGUCAGCUGUAAACUGACAGUGUAGACCAGAUUGCCAAUCCCAAAGACUCUCCCCUCUAACGAUAGCUAAAAUGGCGACCAUGCGUUGACUUGCUUCUUUUCCCCAGAUCACUUCCUUCUGCUUCUACUUUUCUGUAUGUGGUGGCCCAUCUCUAUGGCAGAAGCCUUUAAUUAUAAGGGCGGCUGGUUUAUAUAUGAUCAAAUGGAGAAAUAGUUUUCUCUGGUGCAUGAAAUGGGAGGGAAAAAAUCACAGCAAUAAUCUUUGCAGGGGAUUUUCCGAGAGCCAAUACCAGCCCAGUUAUUGUACUCAGGAAUUUCCUACAGAUCCUUACUUUGUGUAUUUUCUGUGUAAUUUUUCUGUUAAAAUAUUUUUUUAUGUUUGUUUAAUAUAUCCUCCACCAAUCUUGUUCUUGUACACUGUUUUU